AUGGCUGGCAGAGUGACGGGCUUAAGCAGAUACCAACGGCCACCGCCGCUUCUUUCCCAGAUUCGUGGCUGUGAAAAGCGAAAGCUUGAACAGCAACCUGACGAUGUCAACGCUCCGCCCAUGUCUUCCGAAGAUGAGGCUGAAGACGAUAUACCCUUACCCGCAGACUUGAGGCUGAGACCAAGUGGCUCUCAGUCCCAGACGCCAAUCGAGCAGUCUGAUGAUUCCGAACCAGAAACUUCAGCUCGUGGAGAUAUCAAGCGCACAGCCUUCCGCGACCCGAGUAGCAGUAAAAGUCGUAGGAAUAUCACUCGAAAAGUGAACCAAAAGGAAGAAAAGAUACUGAAAGCAGGAAGCCAUGCGGAAACAUCUUCCUCGAGCGUGAAACGAAGGAAAGUUGAAGGCAAAUCCGGGAAUGGCUCUGCGAAUCACUUCAACAACUCUUGGGGAUUUACCAAUGCAGGCAACAGCAAAGCAAAAUAUGGGAGCUCACAACCUCGAGGAUCGCAAGCUUCUCGUAGUUCGCAAAGUUCUCAAGUGAAGAAAGGUUCGUCAAACUGGCGACCGUGUCACUUUCUUAUUAAUCCGUAUAUAGGGAAGACAAAAGUGACAAAGGGCGAGCCUAUACAUGAGAAGACCGAAGAAGACGGCGUAUUGCAUAGCUCCCAGACGGAAGAAAAGCCGACUUUCAAACCUGUUUCACAAGAAUCUUUCAGUAGUCCCACAAAGUCGGAGGUUUCUCUAAGACCUGCACCCCGGGAUGACUUGGGGACCCCCAAAAAGAAAGGGAACACAGAAACGAAACCCACAAGCCGCGGUCCAUCUACUACUCCAACAAAAAGCCAUGUAGUUCUCACCACCACCAGGCUUUCACAAAACAGCCAGAGCGGGUCGUGCUCGCCGUCUCAGAAUCGAAUAGGUGUCUGGAAACCAGUGGCCAUCCCAAAGAAACAAAAGGAUCAACCCAAGACGCCCGAGUACAAGCCACCCACAUUCGUUGCGCCAGCCGAGAUUGAUGGGAUGCAGACCAGCAAUAGCGAUAUAGGUAGUACAUCGUCGCCAGUCUUAUCAGAUCUAGAUGAACUUAGCGACACGGAAACGAUCAGCGAGGAGCCCCUUACAGACAAGAACAGUUUGGAAGAUAGAAUGACGAAAUGCCCGUGGUGUGGGGACCUCGUGUCGGAACAGGCCCUCAAGGAUUAUUCUAAGGGGAGGAGACUGAACGUGCUGAUGCAAACAAGGUUCUGUGCUAAACACAAGAAAGAAACUGCCUUGGACACAUGGCGUGAAAGAGGUUAUCCUCAUGUCGACUGGAGCCGUCUUGAAGGCCGACUGGAUGACCAUCGGGCAUACUUGACCAAUAUCGUCAAUGGUAAACAGUCGUUUUUCCGUGAUAUUCUGGCAGAGAAAAUCGAAACAGGCCAGGCGAGGUCACUCAAGAAGGAGGGUAACCUUAACCCAGGUUACUAUGGCCCAAGAGGCUGCAAGCUCAUGUGCGAUUACCUCGUGGAGGAGUUUGGUGAAUCGCUGAAAGAGAAUGCUACAAAAGAUCGUGUCAUCGCCGGUCGUGGUUCUGCAGCCUUUAUCCAGUCGGUGUUGGUAGCUGAACUUGCUGUACAAUUGAUCAUGGAGGAUAUGGAUGUAUCCGCCUCAGAGGCCAGAGAGAUUAUGGAGGAGAGCAAGGCUAUUGGUGAGCUGAUCCACGAAGAAACAUGA